AUGGCAAUAUCCUCUAAUGAAAAGAUGAAGAAACUAGUUGCACGCCUCAAUUUAAGCUCUACUGAGGCAGUUUUAUCAAGGAUAACUUUGUUGCUUCAGUUUUCUGCCUCAGAUGAUAACUUUGUGAGUGCUAUUAGCAGAGGUGUCCAUCAAAAUCAGUCAGAAACUUGGGGUGAAGUCUUUAGCUGGUUAUCAAUUUUGUGGAAGCGAGGCUUUUGUCAUGAUAAUCCUCAAGUUAGAUGCAUGAUCAUGCAGUCAUUUUUGGGGAUUGAAUGGACAAAAUAUGGAAGCUGUGUGAAGUCGGUACCUGAAAUUUUUAUUCUUGGUCCUUUGAUGGAAGCUUUGAAUGAUCCAGUACACCAUAAUGAUUUUGGUGUUAAAGGAGUUUACUCUUCAAAAACAAUUGAGGGUGCAGCGCAAUUUUUGCAUCAUUAUUCAAGUUACCUGGAUUCAAGGGAAAGGAUUGACUUUUUAAGUAGCUUAGUAUCCCUCGCUAAAAGGAAGUCUUUCAGUAGAGCUGGAUUGAUGGGUCUUGCAGAAUGUAUUGCUGCAUCUGCUUUGGGGGCUUGCAAAUACAGUGACAAUAAAGUGAAGUUUUCCAAAGAUGGUUUUGUUGAUAAAGUCCAACAGGAAAAUUCUUUGCAGAACUUUCUGCAUGAUGAUGGGACAGAGUUGCUGGAUGUUUUCAGAUAUGUUCUUGAGAGCAGCAAGCAACAUUUCAAUCCUAAUUACCGUUUUCGAGUCUGUGAAAAAGUAGUGGAGGCUGCUGCUUUAUUGGUGCCUGCAAGUGAUGUUCCUCUUGAGAUACUUUUGCACUUUAUUUCAACAUUGCCACGGGAAUUUACUGAUCAUGGUGGUUCUCUACGUGUAAGAGUACAAGACUGGCUUUUGCAGAAUCAUUACACUCCUCAUUGUGAUGGUACCUGGAUGCAGCUUUUGGAUACUCUCUAUGGCUUUCCAAAAAGGUUCAUUACUCAUAAUUAUCUGGUUGAAAAUUUUAAUGAUGAAGACUUGGAUGCAUGGGAUCUUGAAGUGAGAAGAUGGGCAAGAGUACUCUUUCUUGUAAUCAAGGAAGAACAUCAAUUAGUACCUUUACUGAUGUUUAUUCAAAAUCAUGGAACAAAUAUCUGUAAACAGAAAAACCAUUCAGAGUGGAUACCUGUGAAGUUUCUCACACUUAUCCUGGGCUUGAUUCAAGAGAUCCAGGUGAUGCAGAGCAGAGUUGCUAAACUUGGUGUAAGAAUUCAAAUCAAAUCUGAAAUGGGCCUGCUGGAGACAGAGGAGCGACCAAAUAAUGUAGAAGCUUCAAUAGUUUACAAGAUGUUCACUGGCCCUUUACUUUUUAUAUUGGAGGAACUUGUGUCCUUUGCCAACUUGUCUUGUUCCAUAUUCUUGUCCAGUUCUGAGAUUGACGACAAGGUUCUGCCUAGUUCUGUGAGAGGAAAACUUGGAGGUCCUAGUCAGCGACGAUUAUCAAAUUCUUUGACAACUGCUGUGUUACAAGCUAUAAUGUCUGUUAAAGCUGUUGCACGUAUAUCUGCCUGGUGUGCACAACUUAGAUGUGGCAUUCUGUUAAAUUCUGCCUUUACUUUUGUUUGGAAAUUCUUCUGUAACACUAUUGCUUCUCUGACUUGUAACUCUGAGACUGGAGCUGAAGUUUGUCUUGCUGCAUAUGAAGCAUUAGCUCCUGCUCUGAAAGCACUUUUCUCUACGUUCUCUCCUCAAACUUUGGACCUUUUCAGGGAAAAUUGCAAGUCAUUAGUACCUGCAGUAGAAGGUGAACCUUGGUUAGGUUCGGUAGUUCUUUCUUUUCUUCAGAAUAUCAAUGAUCUUCUCGCCGUCGGAUUCAUGGCACGCACUAGGCGGGCAGUUUUGCUUAAUUGGAAGUGGGUUUGCUUAGAGUCUCUGCUCUUGAUUCCUUACUAUGCUUUUGAGAGUAAGCUCUAUGUAGAGGAUUGUAGAUUUUUUUUCUCGGAUGCUGCUGUCAGACACAUUGUUACUGAUAUUCUUGAAAGUCUUGAGAAUGCUGGGGAGGGUUCUGUUUUACCCAUGUUGAGAUCCAUCAGACUGGCCUUGGAGCUAUUUACUCCAGGAAGGUUGUCUGUGGUUGUUUCCCAAUGCAGUGGUAUAGAUUCUCAGAUGAUUUGGCAUUUGGUUCGAUCCUCUUGGAUAUUGCAUGUCAGCUGCAACAAGCGGAGAGUUGCUCCUAUCGCUGCACUUUUAUCUUCUGUCUUGCAUCCUUCCUUGUUUAGUGAUGGGGACAUGCAUGAAACUGAUAAUGAACCUGGGCCCCUGAAAUGGUUUGUUGAAAAGCUUCUGGAUGAAGGCACAAAAAGUCCUCGGACAAUUCGUCUUGCAGCUUUACAUUUGACAGGGCUCUGGGUCUUAAAUCCAAGGACCAUAAAGUACUACAUAAAAGAACUGAAGCUGCUAACACUCUACGGUUCUGUUGCUUUUGAUGAGGAUUUUGAAGCUGAGUUAACUGAAAAUCAUGAUGCAAGAACUGAAGUUACAUUAUUGGCUAAAACCCCAGACCCUGAGUUGACUGAAUUGUUUAUCAACACAGAGUUGUAUGCUCGUGUGUCUGUUGCUGUUCUCUUUUACAAGCUGGCUGACUUUACUAAUAUGGUGGGAUCAUCAGGUGGAAACAAAGAUUACCAGGCAGCCCUUGAAUCUGGAAAAUUGUUUCUGCUAGAGCUUCUGGAUUCUGUGGUAAAUGAUAAGGAUCUUGCAAAAGAGUUGUAUAAGAAGUAUAGUGCGAUCCAUAGACGAAAAAUACGUGCUUGGCAGAUGAUAUGUGUUCUGUCACAAUUUGCUGAUGAUGAUAUAGUUGGAGAAGUUGCUCAUUGCUUGCACAUAGCACUUUACAGGAACAACUUGCCUUCUGUUCGACAGUACUUGGAAACAUUUGCGAUUAAUAUUUACUUGAAAUUUCCAUCUUUGGUUGCAGAGCAAUUGGUUCCCAUAUUACGAGAUUAUGACAUGAGGCCCCAGGCCCUUUCUUCGUAUGUGUUCGUGGCAGCAAAUGUGAUCCUCCAUGCUUCUAAAGAGACUCGAUUCCGGCAUUUGGAUGAACUACUUCCUCCCAUACUUCCAUUGUUAACUUCACAUCAUCAUAGUUUACGUGGCUUUACUCAGGUUUUGGUACAUCAAGUACUUUGCAAACUUUUUCCUCCCAUGGAUCCUAGAAGCUCUGAAUUCAUACCUUUGGAAAAAAGGUGCUUUGAGGAUUUGAAAUUAUACCUGGCAAAGAAUUCUGAUUGCAUGCGCUUGCGAGCUUCAAUGGAAGGCUAUCUUGAUGCUUAUAAUCCAAAAACCUCUGUUACUCCUGCUGGAAUUUUUGUUAGUCGCGUAGAGGAAAUCGAGUUUGAAUGUGUUCCAACAUCCCUCAUGGAGCAAGUGCUUAAUUUUCUAAAUGAUGUGAGGGAAGAUCUGAGAUGUUCGAUGGCAAAGGAUACAGUGACAAUCAAGAAUGAGAGUCUAAAUAUCAGUGAAGAUCCUGAAUCAAUCGAGAAACUGCCUACUGCUUGUAAAGAGAGAUUGUUUACUGAGUUGUCUAAAGAUGCACAUUUGGACUUCCAGAAAAAGAUUACUUUCUUUAAUCAUGAGAAGCAGGUCAGGAAUUCCAGUUCCUUAUUGGGCAAAGAAGAAGUGUACAAGCAACUUCUAGAAAUGGAGAAGGAAGAUGGUCUUCUUGAUCAGUUGUUGAAGUCUAGAAGCAUGGCCAUGGAAAGGAUAAGAGGAAACCGGCAGCAUAUUAUCCUAGUAGCAUCAUUGCUUGAUCGCAUACCCAACCUUGCUGGAUUGGCACGUACCAGUGAGGUUUUUAAAGCAUCAGGAUUAGCUGUUGCAGAUGCAAAAAUAGUACAUGACAAACAAUUUCAACUCAUCAGUGUGACAGCGGAGAAGUGGGUUCCAAUCAUAGAAGUCCCUGUAAAUAGUGUGAAACAAUUCUUGGAGAAAAAGAAGCGAGAAGGUUACUCGAUCUUGGGGUUAGAGCAAACUGCAAACAGUGUACCUCUUGAUCAGUACAUUUAUCCCAAAAAGACUGUCUUGGUGCUUGGGCGUGAAAAGGAGGGUAUACCUGUGGAUAUAAUUCAUAUAUUGGAUGCUUGUAUUGAGAUUCCUCAGUUAGGGGUUGUUAGAUCACUUAAUGUACAUGAAGAGCCUACUCUGUCUCUCACAACAAAACAAAAAUACCAGAGGAGUGACAAAAACACAGUUGCGUACAAAGAGAAAAUAAAUAGUAGCCACACCAUUUUCUUGGAGUCUCACUUGCAGAAAGGAUCCUACACCAAACUGUACAGCUAUACUCAUUUGCUCAAUGGGUUUGCAGUCCAUGUAACUUCGGAAGAGGUUCUCAGCCUCCUGCAAAACGCAACUGGGGUUAGGUUCAUCCAUGAAGACGUCAAAAUGGAGAAGCUUACAACACAUUCACCUGAUUUUCUAGGAAUUCCAGCUGGUGUGUGGCCAAGAUUAGGUGGUGCAGAGACUUCUGGUGAGGGGGUUGUAAUAGGUUUCAUUGACACUGGGAUAAAUCCUUACCAUCCUAGUUUUAUGAGACAUUCGGCUUUAGGGUUUCUAAAUAGCUCAAAUUAUAAGGGGAAAUGCACUUCUGGGGAGCAAUUCCCUUCAACAGCAUGCAAUGGAAAGAUAAUGGACACGGAAGGUAGGUUAUGCCCAUACAUUGAUAAAUUCAGAAGCAAUUGGAUUGCUGUGUAUAAAGCUCUUUAUACUUUUGGAGGGUAUAUGUCAGAUGUUGUGGCUGCAGUUGAUCAGGCGGUUGAAGAUGGAGUUGAUAUACUAAGCCUCUCUUUUGGACCAUCUAGUGUCCCUCCUGGUCUUUCUGCUUUCCUUAGUAUGCUAGAAUUGGAACUCUUGUUUGCAACUAAAGCUGGUGUUUUAGUUGUUCAAGCUGCUGGAAAUGGUGGCCCUUCAUCCAGUUCAAUCAUUUCCUUCAGCCCUUGGAUCACUAGUGUUGCUGCAUCUAUCACUGACCGCAAAUAUAAGAAUACCAUCUUACUGGGCGAUGGACAGAGCUACUCUGGAGCGGGCCUUGCACGUAUUUUAUUCUCAAAAUUCCAGAUUAUGAUUUGGUCCCUUAGACAUAUAUCUUUAACAUAUUUAAAAUUCCCAUCCUUCAUCUCCUUAGUAUAAAUAAUUCCUUUUAGACUUCUUUUCAAAUUUUCUGGAGUUAUUAUUCAAGUUGACUAUCAACUUUGCAGCUCCCACGGCAGGAGAAACACAUUACCCCAUAGCUGCAGCAGCUGAUGUAUGUGUGAGGACUG